GUUAGUUAAGAACUUCUGUAAACAGCAGGCGGUUUAAUAAAAUUUUAAAUAAACUAAAAAAUUUGGUUUUUGAACAUGUAUAAAAUAAUUUCGGCUUCAUUCUUAAUCGCCUUGGCGAUUGUAACAAAUGGAGAGAUCCAAAAUGUAGAACCAUACAACUACAACUCUAAUUCCAAUUCGUCCCUUCGCACUGAAGACUACAUCAAUAUGAAUAGACAACAAUAUGCUAAAGUUAUCGAAGAAUAUGAUAUACAAAUGGAAAUUUUCAAACAAUCGUAUGCAGCAAGUCUUGAGACCAUUAACAUAAGACAGGACAUGUUAGUCGAUACACUUGUUCAAACUGAUGCUGAAUUAAAUCCUUUGGAAAUUCUUAGCAAUUUAAGUCAGAAAUGUGUUGCCAAAUAUCGCCCUUCAAUACCAACAGUGUCUGCUACCAAAACAAAAAUGAAUUACUGUUUUACCACUGCCUCCCAACAACUUAAUAAUAUGCUUAAUAUACCCCGUAACACUAAAACUUCCACGGAGAGCUAUUUAAAGAAUAGUUUUGAAAGAGACAUUGCUCUCUGCAAGAGAACAUAUUCUACAUCACCUUUUAAUUACACCAUGUGUGCUAUACAAUCUGUUGAGGCUGCCAACAUUUAUAUAUUCAGCAGUCAAAAAAAUUUUGCCAAUCAAAUGGCUGUAGCCGAAUGCUCUUCUAAAGCUAAUAUCAAUAAUGCUUUGGAUUGUAGUUAUUCAGUUGAGAAGGAGGCUAUUUCUGCAGUUGCUGAAGCCAAAACAUUAAUUAACAAGUGUCUGACCGCACAAGAUGUCUGUAAAUCAUGUAAUCAAGUUUUCACAUGCUCCGAAGUACAUUACAUGAAACGUUCUGAAGUCAGUUAUAGCAGUAGAACUAUGGAUAAUCCUUUCUAUGGACGUAAUGAUAUAAAAAAUUGCUUAAUGUUGCAAAUACAAUAAAAAAGAUUAAGUACUAUUUGUUAAAUAUGUAUUUAUAACGAAAUUAAUAAAUUGUACUACUAAAUAUGUAGAAAGCAUUGAAAUUUAA